AUGUCUUCUUCGGCCGCUGAGGUAUCGAAGCAGAAGCCUCUUGGAGAUUUCACAAAGAUCUCCAACAUUAUCUACCUUUACCGUCCAGAUGACAAGGCUGCGACCGCGUCAUCCACGAAGCGGGACCCCAAGCUCAUCCUCUUUGGGGCCUGGAUGGGUGCUGCCAACCAGCACAUUGCCAAGUACACUGUUCGGCUCCAGGCGAUCUACCCAAGCUCGCCCAUCCUCGUCGUGAAAAGCCUGCCCCAUCACUUCACGAGGGUUCAUUCCCUCGAGCGGGAGAUCCUACCUGCUAUACCAGUGAUCCGGUCCAUCUUGGGCACCGGCGCCGGGGACCCGGCACACCCGGAGCUGCUGAUACACCUGUUCUCCAACGGCGGCUCCUCCAUGAAGUUCUACUUGUACAAGGCGUUCGCCUCGACGGCCAAGCCGGGCGAGUCGAAGGAGCUGCCGGCGAAUGUCACCGUCUACGACUCGUGCCCUGGCAAGUUCACGUACGGGCGCACGAUGACGGCCUUCACCAUUGGGCUGUCGACUUUGUGGAAGAUCAUCAUGGCGCCCUUUUUCCACAGCCUUGUCAUCACCUACUGGCUCACUUAUAUUGCGAUGCGCCGGCCAGAUCCCCUGAAGCAGUUCUCGCUGGGGCACAACAACAAAGCGCUAAACAGCAACGAGGUGCGGAGGGCGUACAUUUACAGCGAGGCGGACAAGCUCGUUGGCUCUGAUGCUGUAGAGGAGCACAUCGCGGAGGCCAAGGCCAAUGGCUUCAAUGUGGUGAGGGUGGAAAACUUCAAGGGCACGCCGCAUGUGGCGCAUAUGAGGAGUGACGAGGAGAGGUACUGGGGCGUGGUGAGGGAGCUGUGGGAUGGAGAGAAAUGA